AGACCUACAUGAUCUUAAAAUUACAGAAAGUACUUGGUAAUAUGUAAAAUACAGUUGAAACUAAAGCUAAACCGUCGACGUGACUGUUUUGUAUGCUUAUUUUUACAGAUAUUAACCAGUUACUGAGCUCGACAUCAUGCAAAUUUACUGCCGAUGUCCGACACGGGUGAAAUUCACUUAUUUAUUUUGCUUUUCCUUGACUCUAUGCCUUGUUCUCAAGAUAGCAAUUUAUAUGUCUUCCCCUCCCGUAACCAAACAAAACAUCGCAAAAUAUUUCGAGGCAACUUCAAACAAACUGACAUUGCUUGCACACAAAUACAACUGCGAAGCAAUUGACGAGUUUCUCAAAAACGGCACAACCCCUAGAGAGCAUUUGGAAUUUCUUGCGAAACCCUGGAGAAUAAAUGUAUCUGCUUCUCCAGCUAGUUUAUUUCACAACAAUAACGUUGUUGAAUUAUGGUCAUCUAUCGCUGUAGUCAAAUCAAGUAUUAUGAACGAAAAUCGCAGGUUUGCUAUUCGUGAAACAUGGGGGAAAUUCAAAUUUAUUGAUGGAGUUAGACUCGAAACUGUAUUUAUCUUGGGAACUACUGAUGAUAUUCAGCUACAAAAAGAAAUAAUAGAAGAAAAUGGAAUAUACGGUGAUAUACUUCAGGUUGAUCUACCAGACACCAAAGAAAAUGUUCCUGCAAAGACGUUGGCGGGAAUGAGAUGGAUUUCUCAAAAUAUCCCAGACACCUGGCUUUACUCUUCAGUAGACGAUGACUUCAUCCUACAUCCACCAAAUUUCAUCCGAUACGUUGAAAGCGUGAAACGAGAUAGAAUUUCCAAAACUCUACCAAUCAUGUGUAUUUACGCUUACAGAAAAGCCGAGGAGAUUAAUAGAAAAAGAGGCAGUCCUUGGUAUAUUUCACCAGAGCAGUAUGCAGCAAAGAAUUGGCCCCCGUACUGUCGCGGUGGUUGGUAUACAAUGCCAACGGAAACCGCUUCAAAAUUGUAUGAAAUAUCAAGAACCACUCCGUUUCUAAAACUUGAUGAUGUUUGGAUAACAGGUAUAAUAAGGCUUAUCAUGAACGAUCGUGAAAAUAAACCGGUUCCUCCAGGUAGCCAUGUCUCCGAGUACGGUAUUACUUUUGCUCCCCUGGCGGAUAGAACGAACAAUCAAUUGUAUUAUAAUCAAUAUGAGAAUGAUUUAGGCAAGGUGAUAGUCAGCCAUACUUGGUCCGGUAAUUAUGGCCUGUUUGCACAUAGUAUUGAAAAUGAUAUAGAAAAUAUUUGGAGUAAGUGGGAGACAGCGGUAUUGGAGAGAAUGAAAUAUUAUAUUCAAGCGAUUUAAAUUAAGAAUGAAGCGGUAACUUUAAUUUACCAAGUUACAGUGAUGGAAAAAAAGGCCUAAUGGCCUAUAUAUGAUAAUAAUGGUUUAUAUCUUGGUUGCUAGCUGAGACAUUCCCAAAUGGCAUAAGCAUCUUAAAGAUGCUUCCACUAAUAGGAAGGUGUAGUCAAAAUCCCUACGACGUCGAAUUUUAUUGUUUGCUCAAUUUUAUUUAUUUGAAUUGCUGUGAUAAUUUGUGCAACCCUCUUGUUUGUAGUGCAUGUGAUUAUGUAUGUUUAUAAGACGUUGCCCAUAUAUGGAACCUUUUUUUGAUUUUUACUUGCAUAUCUUGUACAUGUUUCUCCUUUUACGGAGACAAAAUUUGUGCGGACUUUCAAAUUACACAAACAAAUAAAAAAGAUUGUUUAUCUGACUGGUCGAAUAAUGCACUGCUGUUCGAUUAAUAUAUGGACCGGUGUACUUUUCCUAAUAACACAUUAAGCAUCGCAAACUUGAUAACCAUAAUAUGGAUGAAUAUAAUAUUUAUAACCGACAAAAAAAGCAUUUUCGCAGCGAAAAAUCGAUGUAUUUUGUCAUUGAUUGAAAACUUAUUUCGGUACUCCCGUAGUAUGUGCAACAAGAUGGCGGACACCGGAACGUAGUAUAUGUAUCAGGUUAGGGUUAGACCAUAAUUUCAGGAACAAAUACUACGGUAGUCACUUGGCUAGUCCCCGAACUCGAAAUAAAACUAAAAUUGGAAUAAAAUUAUGGCCUAAACCUAACCUGGUACACAUACUAUGUUCAGGUGUCCGCCAUCUUGUUGCACAUACUACGGGAACGCCACUAUUUCAGCAAUACAAUAUAACUCUUUCCUAAUACUUUGUGCACAACGAAGCAGUAUGAGCGUUUAACCUUGUCAACGAUUUCAUGUUCAGCAUACUAACGCUUUUCGCAUUUGUACACGCCGAUACCUUUUGUUAACUGUCUAAUAUAUAAUACAGUGCAUGAUGUAGCGUCAUACGACGUAAACCGCACUGGGUACUUAUCUGUUGGAGUUUAUU